GGACAGCCUCUCCCUCAGCGCGCCCUCUUCUCCUCAGCCGGCUUCCCCGAAAGGGACGGGACGGGCCUCCUUCUUUUCCCCCUCCUCCUCCUCCCCCCUCCCCUCUGCCAAAACCGCAGUCGCGCGCGGGACGGGCGUGAAGAUGGCAGCGGAGGAGCCCCGUGCCAAGAAGCCCAAGCUGGAGCCGGCCCGGCUGAGUGAAAAUGUGCUUUUUGGAAUGGGAAAUCCUCUCCUUGAUAUCUGUGCAGUUGUGGAUAAGGACUUCCUUGACAAGUAUGGGUUGAAACCAAAUGACCAGAUCUUGGCAGAGGAGAAACACAAAGAGCUAUUUGAAGAACUUGUGAAAAAGUUCAAAGUAGAGUAUCAUGCUGGUGGAUCUACUCAGAAUUCUGUUAAAGUGGCCCAGUGGAUGAUCCAAUCUCCUUACAAAGCUGCAACCUUUUUUGGGUGCAUCGGAAAAGAUAAAUUUGGUGAAAUUUUAAAGAAGAAAACUGAAGAAGCUCACGUGGAUGCUCAUUACUACGAACAGACUGAAGAACCAACUGGAACCUGUGCUGCCUGCAUCACAAGUGAUAACAGAUCUCUCGUUGCUAACCUAGCUGCUGCUAAUUGUUAUAAAAAGGAAAAACAUCUUGAUGUGGAGAAGAACUGGAAAUUGGUGGAACGGGCUAACGUUUAUUACAUUGCAGGCUUCUUUUUGACAGUAUCACCUGAAUCCAUUUUGAAAGUGGCUUCUCAGGCUUCUGCAAACAACAAGAUAUUUACCUUGAAUCUUUCUGCACCAUUUAUAAGCCAGUUCUACAAGGAGCCAAUGAUGAAAGUUAUGCCUUAUGUUGACAUCUUAUUUGGAAACGAGAUGGAAGCUGCCACUUUUGCUAGAGAGCAGGGCUUUGAGACCGAGGACAUAAAGGAGAUAGCCAAGAAAACACAAGCCUUGCCAAAAGUGAACCUUAAAAGACAACGAGUUGUUGUGUUCACCCAAGGGAAAGAUGACACUAUUAUGGCUACAGAAAAUGAAGUAAAAUCUUUCCCGGUCUUAAUUAGUGAUCAGAGUGAGAUUGUUGACACCAAUGGAGCCGGAGAUGCAUUUGUGGGAGGUUUCCUUUCUCAGCUUGUGUACGACCGACCGCUGACAGAGUGCAUCCGAGCCGGACACUAUGCUGCCAGUGUGAUUAUAAAACGUUCCGGCUGCACCUUCCCAGAGAAGCCUGACUUCCACUGAUCCUGGGCCACUCAAUGGCUCAAGAGGAGGCGCUGCUUGCCUUUCCCUCCUUCCCCAGUUACCCUGCAUUGAGGUUUCUGUACUUCUAUUCACGUGUACUUUUCACACAUCUUUGUUUUGAUCCCCUCUACCUCUCUCCAACCAACAGUGUCCUGCAUGUCUUAAAUAAGAGGCCAGGCUCUGUUCAGCUUGGGACUCUUUAGUGCAGUUUCUAGCAACAACACUAUAUGAGGACAUCCACAGUUGUUUGGCUGCUGUUAACACGUUUAGUAUAUUCCUGUAGGGUAUAUCACCCUGUCCUGUGCUAGUCACCUCAGCCAAGUGAAAAAUCAUCAACAUACUCUACUAGUGGAAGACAGAAUUAGCAGUAUUGCAAUGGUGGACAUGAGAAAAAAAAUCCUCUGUGUGCUCAUGUGUGUUGGACAAUAACUUCCAUCAUCUUCAUUCCAUGUCUCUGUUGCAAUGUUCAGUAAGAUGAUGAGGGCUGUCAUCAAACAUCUGAAGAGUGCUAACUUGUAGAAUGCUGCUUUGGGAAAUUUAGAAGGAUUUGUAAGUGAGGGUGGGACCAUGAUCCUUAACACUUGAGUUAGCUUUGGGAUGCCAUUUCCUUCACAGCAGGAUCAGGGUAUUUUUUUAUAUAAAUAAAUCCCAUAAGAGGACUCUCCCUAGUUGUGAGCUUGAGGUUGUCUCUCAAAGUGUAUAUGUAUAUGUAUAUAAAUGUAUACAUGUGUGAAAAUGAAGUACAGAAAUGUUCGUGCAGGCAAUCUCAUCAAGAUAUGCCAAAAGAAUUCUUUUAUUUUAACGCACAGUUUUAAAACAAUAAUGUACUUCAAAUAAAUGCAAGAUUUUCUUUUACUUGUACUACAGUAUUCAAAGGAGACAUUCUCAAAAUGUUCUUCAUUACUUUACUAUGUAAUUUGAUACUGAUAAAUAAAGCAAUUGUGAUACGGGA